AUGUCUUCAGUCGAUGAGGAGCCAAUUUUGGAGGAUAUUUUCGUUCCGCAAUCUCUUUUGAAUGCAGUGGCUAGAAGGGAGGACACGGUUGAAGGGACUCAUAGGGUUGCUUCUCCUUGCUACCCUCCUAGCAGCCAGACUCAGGAGAUUUAUGUUCAGAAGAGAAACCAGCGUACGAUAAGCUGGGCAACUAGGGUAUCAGACAAGCGGAAAGCUCCACAGCGCGCAUCAAGUUAUUCAUCGGCUCUGGAGGAGGGGAGGAUGCAGCUACAUCAGGACCAAGGUCCAAGUGUUCCUCCACAUGUUCGGGGUAUAACCUCUAGUCUUAACCUCAACUCGAGUGAUUCGACACCGCUGCGGUUUCUGGAACAUGAUCCCUUUGCAGACAGCAGUGUACGAGAGCCACUGAUAGAACGAAACAGUCGGUCGCCUUACUCCAUACCGCGGCCAGGCAAUAUCAAUAGAAAGACACUAGGUGACAGUGUGAGAAGCGUGUACAACAGGGCAAACCUCGUCAAAAUCAAACACCAACGCAAAUAUUGGAUCCGCCUGUUAAUCGAAUAUGCGGCAUAUACCAUCGGUGCUGUUUUUAUAUACUUCGUUCUGGUCGGAUUGCCCUUGUGGAAAGGUGCUGUAUACUGGCUCUAUUGGGUGAUGCAACAUAAGUUCGUAUUCUCCGGUGGCUGGGCAAUCUUUGUUUUUCUGCUUGUAUUCCCAACUGCUCCAAACACUGCUCUUCUGAUCCCAUGUUAUAAAUCUGGAGCCAUCAUUGGGCGGACUCUCGAAGCUGCGUUGAAAAUCUUUCCAGCCUCACAUAUCUAUGUGAUAGCCAAUGGUGACUCGGCCACUCCUAUAGACGAUACCGAGGAGGUAUGCCGGAUCUACAGCGUCAAUCAUAUCUGGUGUCCCGUUGGCUCCAAGAUCGUCGCGAUUUUCAUCGGCUGUCAUGCAGUUAAAUCCUUUCGCCACGUCCUGCUCAUCGUUGAUGAUUGCAUCCUACCCCCGCAUUUUCCUGUGGUCGUCUCUCGGUUAACUCACAAAGUCCGCUGCAUUGGGUAUACCAUCAAAUCCGUUGGCACAAACUCUCAACGGGGCUCGUAUUGUCAACAGGCACAGGACCUCGAAUACAAGCUAGCUGGCUUACAGCGCAGUUUCGCGGGACACAUUGGCAGUGCGACCUUUCCCCAUGGAGCUAUAUCCUUAUGGGAAAGAGCGUUCUUGAAAGAUACUCUCCAGCACCAUCCCGGUUUCUCCAUUAGUGAGGACUGGUUCAUGGGAAACAGUUGCCGGCGGCUUGGAGGAAGGAUUCAAAUGUGCAGUGCUGUCUUUGUCGAGACUACAACGCCGGCUGCUCUCUUCUUCGUUGAUCGGAGAUUAAGAAGAGGCGGCUUCGGCGAAACGACGGUUUUCAAGCAGAGAUUCCUGCGGUGGAACUUCUUUGUGGCAAAUGGGAUAUGGUAUAAUCUAUUGUACAUUCUUGGGUCUUGGAGGUUGGGUAAGUGGGAACUGGGCGCGAAGCUCUUCGUUUUUCAGGAGGUAUGUAGCUACCUGUUCAUAAAGCAAGUUCCUUCAGGGUCCAGUGGCUAA